UCUACGUAGACGAUAGGAAGGAAAUAUAUCUCUCUGUUAUGUAAAGUGAGAAUUAAACAAAUUAAGGUUAAAAAUAUUAAAUAAAAAAAUAAUAAUGAGUCAAGAGAGAGAAAAAAGAGAGAGAAAGCUCCGAAUAAAUUUUAUUAUUUGUUUUCGGUGUGAUUAAUUAGAGUUGAUGAUUAAUCUAACUGUUAAUGUUGACUGUCUAAAACCCUAAUUUUAAUUUCAUUAAACCCUCAUCAUAUCAUAUCAUAGCAGAUAAAAAGUGUGAUUAGUGAGACCCUUCACUUUAAUUUCAUAAACUAAGAAGGUUUUAUUAUUCAAUUAUUUAAUUAUACGUUAUUUUUAUAAAGAUUAUAGAGCAGAUGAUUUUCUGAUGUCAAACAGAUGAAUUUUUUAUGAUAAUUUUGGUGGGUUUUAUGUUUUUCAUAUGGGUUUUAAGUUAUAUGAUCAAAUGCAUGUGUUUCAACUUUUUGUUUUGAUUAUUUUGUUUCAUAUGAUCGAUUUUGGUUGUUUUGUAAAGAUGGCUAUGAAUUGUCAAUUUAGGGUUAUAUUUUUACCCUUGUCAUAAUGUCAUAAGAAUUGAUUCCUCUGCUCCUUGUCUUUGUCUGUAGUGAUUCUCUUGUCUGUAGCGAUUCUCUGGUCUAUCAUGAAUAAAAAAAAUAAGUGAUCUUGUUAAUUUGUAGGUGGUGGCAAGAAUUGGAAUUGUGGAAAAUCAGGUUCAAAUCUUCAUCAAUCUCCAGUCAAGGCAAAUAAAAUGCUUAAGCCAAAAAAGUGGCGGGCAAUGUUUGAUGAUGACGGGAAAGUUUUGGGUUUUCAGAAAGCUUUGAAAUCGAUUAUUUUAGGGGGUGUAGAUCCGUCUAUAAGGCCAGAAGUAUGGGAAUUUCUUCUAGGUUGUUAUACUUUGAGCAGUACAAGAGAAAACCGUGAAGUGCUGAGAGCAGCCAGAAGGGAACGAUAUGAGGAACUCACGAUACAAUGUCAAAGGAUGUAUUCAAGCGUAGGAACGGGUUCACUUGCUUAUGUAAUUGGUUCAAAAAUUAUGGAUGUGAAUGCGUAUUCUAAAGAUGAUAUGAACAGAGAAGCCAAGUCUGAAGAGAAAAAAGAUUUUCGAGAUAGUAGUAACAAAUUUGACGAUUACUAUAAUAGGAAUAAUAAAUGUACAGAUACAACAUAUACACAAAGGGAAAGUUCUAGCGAUUCUUAUAGUGAUGAUGUGCCGGGCCCUGAGAAACUCAACAGUGGUUCCUUGAUACCGAGAGGGCAAGCACACGAAUCUCAAUUUUUUGUUGAAUCCGCCUUACCUGUCACCAAUUUGUUUGAGAAGAGUGAAGAAAGUGAUGAAGCAAACGAAUCUCAAGAUGAUGGACGUUCUACGAAAUGGAAAUUCAGAGUUAGCUACGAGAGAACGCGUAGUUUUCAUUUUGAUAAUAGUAAUGAAUUAAAUAUUUUAUCAAAUGGUUCACGAUCUGAGACUCUUAGACAUUCAAUUAGUUCUGAAAUUAAGGUAGCGGAUGGAAGCUGUGACGGACCUCAGGAGCAAGUGUUACAACAAGAUUUCCCGAUGUAUAGAAAUAAUGUUUUGAACAAAUUGAGAAGAUGUGAUGUGGCAGAACGAACCAAGCUGUACUCGAGCCACCAUUUAGGGGGUGAAAGUAGUGAAGAUAAAGUAUUGGAAUGGUUCUGGACUCUGCACCGAAUAGUGGUCGAUGUGGUUAGAACUGAUCGUCAUCUUGAGUUCUAUGAAGAUCCGAAAAAUUUGGCUAGGAUGUCAGAUAUUCUUGCAGUUUACGCAUGGGUCGAUCCUGAGACGGGAUACUGCCAAGGAAUGAGUGAUCUGCUAUCUCCAUUUGUUGUUCUUUUUGAGAAUGACGCCGAUGCGUUUUGGUGCUUUGAGAUGCUUCUUCGCCGAACGCGAGAAAAUUUUCGGAUGGAAAGACAAACUGGAGUAAUGAAGCAGUUGCAAUCAUUGUGGCAUAUAUUAAGGUUAACCGAUCGAGAAAUGUUUUCACAUUUAUCUCAGAUUGGUGCUGAAAGCCUUCACUUUGCCUUCCAGAUGCUAUUGGUGCUUUUUCGCAGAGAGUUAUCAUUUCCCGAAGCCCUUUGUAUGUGGGAGAUGAUCUGGGCUGCUGAUUAUGACGAAUCGUUUGCUUGCUGUUGGGCACAAAAUUGUCUUCGACCAUUGGUAUUGCAACUACCGGAUGCUUUGAGUAUUGAAAAGGAGGCAGAUGAGAUCACCUCAAAGGGUGGCUCACAAGCAAAAAAGGCUAAUAUUCAACAUGCCGGCUCUGACGAGGCUGUGAUGAAUUCAUUAACGUCUAAUCAUUCAUUUUGUGGUUUAAUAUGGGCCUUUUGGUCUUGCACACGUGCACGCACGGAGUUCUCCGCAAUAAGGAACAAGGAAGAUGAUCUACCCGUGUUUUGUGUGGCAGCAAUUAUGAUCUUAAAUCGUCACAAGAUCAUCGAAGAAACCCAUUCAAUGAAUGAUUUGAUCAAGAUGUUCAAUGGCAAUGUACUGAAAAUUAGAGUCAAAAGAUGCAUAAGGACAGCGGUCAAGCUCCGGAAUAAAUAUUUCUACAAGAUGAUAAGUUACAAUGAUCCAUUACCUCUGAAUAAUCCUUCAAAUUGACUUGGUGAUCAGAAAACAUCUAGGAAAGCUGAAAUUGAAGAUGAAGUCUCUGAAGGUGUAUGAGAUGGAUCAAUUGCAAUUAGUUUAGGUUAGGAAUUAAGAGCCACAAGACAAAGCUUCACAAGCCGGCACCGAGCAUACAUGCAAUAUUUUUGAGGCAAAAUCUUACGUUUAUCCACUGUUUGGGCUAUAAUAUUUUAUAUAGAAGUCAAUAUAACAUUAUAAUAGGACCUUUCUUCAAAUAGAUGUUUGAGUAUAAGGUUAUAAUCAUUUAAAAUUAGCAGUUAUUUAAAAUUUUUCGACUAUUUGGGCAAUAAUUUUUUAUAUAGAA